ACACCAGGAGCAAACGUGCGGCGGCCACAACAACAACAACAACAACAACAACAGAGAGAGGGGAAGAAAAUCCGCCCGGCUUGCUGGAUGCAGAAGAGAUACAUGAAGACGAGCGCUGGUUUUGGGGGGAUUUAGUGACCGAGACAUCCAUUGAGCAUUGCCGAGAGCAGGGCUCUCGCAUCAAGUGCCUUUGCCUGAGGCUGCGGGAGGGCGCUUCAUUACUUCUUCCACCGCCAUAUUACAAACUUCGCUAUUUUUCUAUCACUCUCUCUCUCUCUCUCUUGAAUUUUUCGCGCUCGGUACCUGACUAAACCCAUGGUGAAGAUAUAUGGAUUAGGAGUGAGAAGAACUAUAGGAACAAUCUCUGGGUGAAGAUUAUCUACCAUGACUGGCAAAACACAGACCAGCAAUGUUACCAAUAAGAAUGAUCCCAGGUCCAUCAAUUCCAGAGUCUUCAUUGGCAACCUCAACACAGCCAUUGUGAAAAAAGCAGACAUUGAAGCUAUUUUUGCAAAGUAUGGAAAGAUAGUUGGCUGCUCCGUGCACAAGGGAUAUGCGUUUGUACAGUACUUGAAUGAGAAGAACGCUCGCUCAGCAGUGGCGGGGGAAAAUUCCAGAAUAGUGGCAGGACAACCUCUCGAUAUCAAUAUGGCCGGUGAACCCAAGCCUUACAGGCCCAAAUCUGGUACCAAGAGGCCUUUGUGUGCCCUGUAUGGGAGUGGUUAUGACUUUGACUACGAUUAUUACAGAGAUGAUUUCUACAGUCGGAUGUUUGAUUACCACGGCCGUAUACCUCCACCUCCCCGCGCCGUCAUACCGAUCAAACGCCCGCGUAUCGCCAUACCCGUCACACGCAGAGGCAAGGGUGGUUUCCCCAUGAAAGGAGGUCCACGAUCUACGAUCACAGGGACGGCAUCCGUGGGACCAAAAUUGAAAUCAGACGAGCUGCAGACAAUCAAGAAGGAACUGACCCAAAUCAAAAACAAAAUUGACUUCUUACUGGGAAGACUGGAGAAGAUUGAGAAGCAACAAAAGGCAGAUGCCGAGUCACAGAAGAAGCAGCUGGAAGAAAAUUCGGAGUCUGCACAUGAAGAAUCGAUAUCGGAGAAUGCAGAAACGUCCACAGAGGAACCAGUCGAAGGGGGGCCCGACAUCGAUGCAGACGGGGAAGAGAUGACUGAUGGAAUUGAAGAAGAUUAUGAUGAGGUUGGCAGCAAUGAGAUGGUAUGAUCUGAACGGGCUGACACGUAGUGUGAUGUGAUUCUUCUUGCAAGACUGCGUGACUAGUUCUAAAAAUAAGUCCAUUUAAUAUCCCAUUGUUGAGAGCCAUGCCUGAAUAUCUUGAAGCAGAAGGCCCAUGUGAUUGUCAUUGUGUGAAUGCGGCAUUUGCAUUAUGAUACAUGUAUUGAACAAUAUUUUUGAUGUGGUCAGAUCAUUAAUAUCUCAUUAGCCUUUUUUUAAUUUAAAUUAAAUGUCGCCAUUCUUUAGGUAGUUUUCAAACAGACUACAUUGCUGGAAGCAUCAGCAAUUCGGUCUUUUGAAAGCUGCACUGAAAUUGCAGUAUUUUCAACCAGGGUACGGUUCAUUUUCUGGUGGUUUUACAAUAGUUGAAAGAAUACAGGCCCACCACCGAUUUUCCAACACCCUUUGUUCCAGAGCCUUGCCACGUAAUAAUAAUUUAACAAUACACAUCUGACCCACUAAUUAUCCCCCUUCCCAUGUCUCUUACGCACCAUGGACUGCUAACUUAAAUUAAACAAAUGUUACAUGUAAAUUAAAUGUGAAUUAAGUGAGUGAUGAAAUACAUAGGCUAAACUAAACUAAACAUUGUGUUCUAUGAAUACCCCACCUACCAUAAAAGAUAAAGCUGACUUACAUUGUAUUCUGUCUUUGAGGAAACCUUCCCCUUGUGUUUAGAUGAUUCAUUCAAAUGACACACAGUUAGCCCAUGAUUAACAGAUGGAAUAUAGUUUACAGUUUAUGUAGCACGGUGGGGCAGCGGUAGAGUUGCUGCCUUCCAGCGCCAAAGACCCGGGUUCAGUCCCGACUACAGGUGCUGUCUGUACAUUCUCCCUGUGACCUACGUGGGUUUUCUCCAGGAGCCCCUGUUUCCACCCACACUCCAAAGAGGGGUACAGGGGUUUGUAGGUUAAUUGGCUUCGGUAAAAUUGUAAAUUGUAAUCGGCGUGGACUCGGUGGGCCGAAGGGCCUGCUUCUGUGCUGGAUCUCUAAAGUAAACUAAACAUUAGUACAGGAAGUAUAAAUGAUGCAGGUUUGUUAGUACAGUAUAAAUGAGAAAGGUUUAUUAUUUACUGAACUUACAAAGAAUGUUACUGUGGUACCGCUUCUUAAUUCUUAACUCUUCCGGGUUGAGCGUACGCCCCACACAGUGAACAGGUCUGGCAGUCGCGAGAAUUUCAAGUGCGCUCUCGUAGUUUUUUCUAGAUUAAAGGAGGUGCCGGAUCAUCAGUUGCUGGUAAAUCGGUGGUGGACCUGUAUAUUCUUUUAUAUUGAUUUGGAAUGUGUUUCUAAUAAAACCAAACGAGCCGUCCAAGGAGACUAGACAGAGGACUGCAAUGAAUGAGAAACGGAGGGAAAUGAAAGUACAGUCCACUUUCCCAGACAUUUCAGGUUUUUUAAAUCGGAUAUGGCCACCCUCGGAAGGUGCAAUUGAGAUGGCAUUCGACCAGCUUUCGUCAAUUUACCAAUUAUAGUUUGAAAAGAAGGCAGAUUUAACGCACUACCUUUCCAAUUGCCGUAAAAUACCGUUCCCAGGCUACUACAGGGCUCCGUUCCUGCCAACUGUUUGUAACCCGAAUAUUUCUCAAGUUAAAAAUGUGACUGCCCAGCAAUAUAUUUAAUCAAAAACAUAGGCCAACCAAGGAAAAUAGUUUAGGUGGGACAGUGGUACAGCUUGUAUAGCUGCUACCUUACAGUGCCACAGAUCCAUGUUCGACCUAGACUCGGGUGCUGUCUGUGUGGAGUUUGCACGUUCUCCCUGUGACCAUGUGAGGUAUCCUCCGGGUGGAGAUAGACAAAAAUGCUGGAGAAACUCAGCGGGUGCGGCAGCAUCUAUGUAGCGAAGGAAAUAGGCGACGUUUCGGGUCGAGACCCUUCUUCCUCCGGGUGCUUCGGAUUCUUCCCACACUCCAAAGACGUACAGGUUUGUAGGUUAAUUGGCUUGGUAUAGAUGUAAAUUGUCCCUAGUGUGUGUAGGAUAGUGUAAGUAUGUGGGGAUUGCUGGUCAGUGUGAACUUGGUGGGCCGAAGGGCCUGUUUCCAUGCAGUAUCUUUAAAUUAAAUUAAACUAAAUCCCGAAGACGUGUGCGUUUGGAGGUUAAUUGGCCCAUGUGUAUAGCGAGAGGAUGAGAAAAUGGGAUAAUGCAAACGGGUGAUCGAUGGUCAGCAUGGGCUCGAUGGGGCGAAGGGUCUGUUGCCAUGCUGAAGCUCUAAACUCAAACUAAGCUAAACGUGACAGAGGAUGCCCACAGCAGCUGGGAAAUUCAACCUGUGCUGUCCCAAGCCAAGUGUUCAUUCAGAUGUAUGAGCUAAAUGUAUAUCAGGAGUUCUUGAUCUGGGAAGGAACCUGUGACUCUUAGACUGGGGAUGCCACCAGCAUCAAUGGGCCAUUAAUUGGAGCUCUGCGAAUGGCAGUCUCCAUGCACCAAGCUCCACUUGCCAAUGUUCUCCUGUAUGCAUUGGCUUUAUCCACCAAUCUUCACUUCACACAGUGUGGCGUUAAAAUAAACAGUUGCUAUUGCUAUACAAUAAGUUGCAGCACUUAUCCUGGCUUACUCUGUACACUGCAAAUAUGUGCUGUUUUUUUUAAUGUUAUUUAAUAUUCCACAUCAUUCAUCAUUUUGAAAUUUGUAUAUAUUUAAGGAUGAUCAAUGUAUUUCUAAAGAGUAAUUAAAACUAAUGGCUACUUAAUGACAUUGCAAUGAAUGAAAAUGGAAAUUUUAUUUACAUACUUCACCUUGCAAAUCCUGACUUAAGAUGUACAUUUGCGCUGUAAAAUCUCUGCAGGUAACAUUUGUCAGUACACUGAAGGAUGAGAGAUGAAUUAGCAUCUGCAGAGAUGCAGUCAUUAUACAUCAGGAUUUUUAAGAACCAACGCGCUCUGUUUAUAAGCACUUACUGUGAUAAUGUUGAGGAAGGAACUGCAGAUGCUGGUUUAAACCGAAGAUAGACACAAAAUGCUGGAGUAACUCAGCGGGACAGGCAGCAUCUCUGGAGAGAAGGAACAGGAAUGAAGAAGGGUUUCGAUGUGCAACGUCAAGUCUGAAGAAGGGUCUCGACCCGAAAAGUCACCCAUUCCUUCUCUCCAGAGAUGCUGCCUGUCCCGUUGUUAAUAAGAUCACAAGUGAUAGGAGCAGAAUUAGGCCAUUCAGCCCAUCACAUCUACUCUGCCAUUCAACCAUGGCUGAUCUAUCUGCCCCUCCUAACCCCACUUUUUUGCCUUCUCCCCAUGUCCUCUGACACCUGUACUAAUCAGGAAUCUAUCUAUCUCUGUCAUAAAAAUAUCCACUGAUUUGGCCUCCAUAGAUUCACCACCCUCUGACUAAAGAAAUUCCUCCUCAUCUCCUUCCUAAAAAAACGUCCUUUAAUUCUGAGGCUAUGACCUCUACUACUAGACUCACUGGUGGAAACAUCUCCUCCACAUCCACACUAUCCAAGCCUUUCACUAUUCAAUACGUUUAAAUGGGUGUCCCCUCAUCCUUCGAAGCUCCAGCGAGCACAGGCCCAGUGCCGUCAAACGCUCAUCAUAAGUUAACCCACUCAUUCCUGGGAUCAUUCUCGUAAAGCUCUCCCGAGCCAGCACACCCUUCCUCAGAUAUGGUGCCCAUGUUACUCCAGCGUUCCGUGUGAUGAUGUUGUUUGCGUCUUCGGCGUUUUGAAAAUGUCAUUGUGUCACUUGUGCAUAACAUUAACACAGUGGAAAUGCUGGUCUUUCACAUUCAAUCAAUUGAAAACCCAUCCCUGGAGCAGCAUUGUGAUCAUCUUUUAUUCAAACCCUUGUCAGUUCACCUGCGCAUGUUAAUUCAUCUCCAUCUCACUGCCAGCUUUAAUUUUACCUCUGACUCACUACCAGUGAUUUCAACAGCAUUUCAAUUGUUUAAAUAACAGAAAAUAUCCGCAAAAAUAAUUGUUAUACUUUGUAAUUGAUCCAAAUAAAAUGGCAUUGAUGGAACAAAAAAUAAAUUGGCCAGCCCUAUUGUCAAUAAUCCUUCUCUGUUUUCUUUCUUUCCAAUUUAUUUAUUCUAUUGGUUUCAGGGCAAGAAUCAUGUAGCAAUUAGGGAGGAUACACGAUAACUGUUUCAUUUGAUAAGGUUGCAUUUCUAAUUGAUAUAAAUUCAAAUAACUGCCUUAGCAACACUGAAAACAUCAGACACGUGAAGUCAACAUGAUCAAUAGAUUUUCGGUUUUUGUAACGAAACAUUUUCAGCUUUCAAUCACUUUUCUUUAAUUUUUCAACCAUUACUCAAUCUUUAAAGUCUGGGUAAAAUGCUACACAUGAGAUGAACUAUAAGGGGAGCCGCGGUGGUA